CUCGGGCUGCGCGCCGGAGGAGUGCUUGCGCAGUCUGCGUGCCAGACGGACUGGUACCUGGGGCCCGACGACUGCAUCUGCAUGAACAGCACCAACGGGGCUCUGCUCGUGACGCAGACCUUUCGCUGCUGCAGGUCGACCGGCUACAAGACGGCACAGAGCAUAUGCGGCGUGGACAGGGACAACCGCCAGGACUUCAAGGACUGCUGCAAGGAUCUGAAUCAGAAAAGCGUCAUUGGCCACUGCCGGUGA